AUGACUUCAUCUGCCGAUGACAAUUUCAAUCUUCCGCAUUUUCCGGGCUCUGCAAGUCUCUUAAACGACCUCGGAAAGGAAGUCCUUGUAAAGCUUCGAGGCCCUAAAUGCUACAUUGGAUACCUUCGUUCCGUCGAUCAAUUCGGCAAUAUAAUUUUGCACGAUGCUCUGGAACGCAUCUUUGUGGGAUACAAGUACGCUGACAUAAAACACGGCAUUCUACUAGUCCGCGGAGAAAACAUUGCACUUAUUGGGGAGCAGAAGCCGGACUUCGACAUUGACUCGAAGUUUACGAGAACUUCAAAAGAAGAAAUUUUCCGGUUACAGGCGGAUCGCCUGACAGAACUAAAGCAAGCAUCCAAACGGCGGGCCGAAAUUCUUUCCUCUCGAGGCAUUGCAUGGCUUGAACCUGACUGUAUCCUGGAUGACAUUUAA